CUGAGAGCUGGGUGCUGGUAAACAGUGUGGACCGCGUGUCAGAGACAGGAGCAGCUACUGAGAGGAGCCUGCAGCACGGGGGCCAGGAGCUCGCCACACAGGGGUGUGGAUAGCAGUGACCAAUCAUGGCGGGGGAUGCCAUUAUGCUCAUGAGGGGGCUGGCCAAACUCAGCAAGGCAGUGCUGGAGGUGCAGAAGGGUAACUUGUGGAAGCCUGUUGCUCUUGGGGGUGAUGCCACCAUGUUUGCAAAGAGUUGGCAAGUGGCGGUAGAGGAACGUUUCAGUGCUGCUAUGGGAAAGAUGCAGGAGCUUGGCAAGCAACAAGAGAAUCUUGCAGGGCAAGACAUAGGUGCAGACAGCUUCUCAGGGCCGGUCUCUGAGAUUGCCGGCAUAGAAUAUUCUCCCUCUUCUAACCAGGGCUAUAGUAGCCACCACACAGAAGCAAAAUCGGAAAUUCACAACACUGAUAACACCGACAGGAGACAAAGUCAAAUGGACAACCCUUUUCAUCCGGACCCAGAUUCUCAAAAGGACAAUGGGGCCUUAUUUGGCAAAAUUAGACAUACGGCUGGUGCAUUUGCUGCAGCAGGCCAAAAGAGGGGCUUCCACCAGGACCACAGCUCUGUCAGCGGCUUAACAGCAGAGGAUAUUGAAAAGGCCAGAGAAGCGAAAAACAAAACUGAACACAAACCCCACAAACAGAUGCUCAGUGAACGAGCACGUGAGCGGAAGGUACCAGUCACGCGGAUCGGCAGGCUUGCCAACUUUGGAGGUUUGGCUGUUGGUCUGGGUUUAGGCGCGUUGGCUGAAGUAGCAAAGAAAAGCUUAAAUCCAAAAGCAGAGGACAGUAACGGUAAAAAAUCUGUAAUGGAGUCCAGUCCCUUCUUGUCCGAAGCCAAUGCAGAGCGGAUUGUGAGGACUCUGUGCAAGGUCCGGGGAGCGGCUUUAAAACUGGGACAAAUGCUGAGCAUUCAAGAUGAUGCCUUCAUCAAUCCCCAGCUGCAAAAGAUCUUCGAGAGGGUGCGUCAGAGUGCAGACUUCAUGCCCAUUAAGCAAAUGAUGAAAACGUUAAACGCAGAUCUGGGCCCCAACUGGCGAGAUCAGCUCGACUUCUUUGAAGAGCGUCCCUUUGCUGCUGCAUCCAUUGGACAGGUCCAUCUCGCCAAACUCAAAGAUGGAAGAGAGGUUGCCAUGAAAAUUCAGUAUCCUGGGGUGGCUCAGAGCAUCCAUAGUGAUGUGACUAACCUCAUGACUGUUCUGAAUAUGAGCAACGCUCUUCCUGAAGGCCUCUUUCCGCAGCACCUGAUUGACGUUCUGAGCAGAGAGCUGGCCCUGGAGUGCGAUUAUAAAAGGGAAGCAGCUUGUGCUAAAAAAUUUAAAGAGUUGCUGAAGGACCAUCCAUUCUUCUACGUCCCCACCGUGGUUGAUGAGCUGUGCAGUGACCAUGUCUUGACCACUGAAUUGGUUUCUGGUUUCCCCCUUGACCAAGCAGAGGGCCUGAGCCAAGAAAUCCGCAAUGAGAUCUGCUCCAAUAUCCUACUCCUGUGUCUGCGAGAGCUGUUUGAGUUCAGAUUCAUGCAGACUGACCCAAACUGGUCCAACUUCUUUUAUGACCCACAACUUCAUAAGGUUGCUUUGUUGGACUUUGGAGCAACAAGAGGCUUUGAUGAGCAUUUCACUGACAUGUACAUUGAGGUAAUCAGGGCUGCUGCUGACAGAGACCGGGAGAAGCUGUUAAGAAAGUCCAUUGAAAUGAAUUUCCUGACUGGUUAUGAAUCCAAGGCAAUGGAAAAUGCACACCUAGAAGCGGUUUUGAUUCUGGGUGAAGCCUUUGCUUCAGAUACUCCAUUCAAUUUUGGUUGCCAGAGUACCACAGAGCGGAUCCACGGUCUGAUACCGGUCAUGUUAAAACAUCGGCUCAUCCCACCACCAGAGGAAACAUACUCUCUGCAUCGCAAGAUGGGAGGCUCCUUCCUCAUCUGCUCCAAGCUAAAGGCUCAGAUUCCUUGCAAGAACAUGUUUGAGGAGAUCUACAGGAAUUAUUGGAAGGGAAGGGAAGACAAGAAACCAUAACUUCUCGUCCAUUUAACCUUAUUCCAGAUGUCUCUUGUCUGUUAAUCCUAGUAAAAAAGUAUAUAAAGCUCGGGGGUCCCUCUAGCCACAGGUACAACAACCCUUGUUGCUGAAAAUGGCCCCUUAUUUGGACUUUUUUUUUGUAUCUCCAGUGACUUUUUUUUUUUCUCGUGGCUUAAGAUGGGCUUGGAAAUCCUAGAUUGUAAAUUGUAAGUGAGCAGGAGAACUGGGCGUUUUAAAGACUAUAAGAUGAUGAUGAAAUCUUUAGCUCUGAGAGGAGAGGCGAAAUGUGGAGAUACACUGACCGCUGUAGAAAGAUGUAAAGUGAUGCUGUUUGAACGCUACAGUAAAGUAAGGAGACUGCUCUGCAACGUGGUGGAGAGAUUUUGCUUUUACUUUAUGUAAGCUACAACUGCAGUGCACUUCAGUUUUCUGUAAUCAUCUUUGAUUUUGUCUAAUCAAAUUAAAUGCUUUUUGUACAGUGAAACUGAUUUUGGAGCGAUCAGUCUAAUCACAGUGGGCUCUCGAUUUAAAUGAUUUUAGAAGCUAUUUUUUUUUUGUCUUGGGUAAGGAAACCCUUGGAGGUUGAGGGAGAACAUUGCUAAAUAUAGGACUCUUAAUUUUUUUUGCAUUGUCAUUUUGUACCUUAUUUUGAAAUAAACAACUGGUUUCGAUGACUGAACAGAUAUGAUGCUUACUUUAACAUACUCUAGAACCAACAAUCUGUAUAUUUCCUCCGUGGACUCUGAACAUUAAUGUCCUUUGGUACUAGGUGGGAUCACAACCAAAAUGGUUUAUAGAUUUUAAUCCGAGGAGUUGUGAGUUGCUAGGGUGAGGAUUACAAGAGCCUCUAAAAACCAAUUUCUUAAAUGCAUGGUUCAAACGCACAAAAAUUAAAACCUAAAAAUCGAACCAUAUUGCUUGACUUGCUAAUUAUAUAUUUCUAUAUUCCUCCAUUUUUACACAUCUAAAUUAUAAAGUCAGAGACCUUACACUGCAAAUCUAUUUGUUCUGGAACGAGAAGAUACAGUUUGAUAUCCUAUCGGCAACAAUUUAGAAGACUGAGAAUUUUGCUUUUUAACUUUUAAUUGUGAGAAACGUUGGCCUAAUCAAAAGACCCACAUCAAUUCCACUGUAACAAGCUUGCGGCUGUCUGAAAAUCACUCCUGUUAACAUGUACAAGGUUUAGUAUGCCGUAAGCAGUUAUGAAUCUAAUAGACUAUUGCUGGACAGUAUGUGCCAUGCCAUUAAAUAGCACUUAAUACAGUCACAGAUAUCACAUACUUGGUGACGUUAUGUUUGUGAUCAAGAAAGAGAUAAUCUACUUGCUAUUGAUCGUUACAGCAUUGUAAGGGACUAGAUUAAUUGGGUUUAUAAUUUAUUGGCUUCACAUGGAGGGGGAGAGAACAACGAGGGUACAAAUUAAUACGUUUUGUGGUAAUCGGGGAUACAGGCUUAUUGCAGUGUUUUUUGUUUUUUCUUAUGUAGGUUUGGAUGGUAAUGUUACACACACCGUAAUCUUUUGUAAUUUCUACUAGUAUUAGCAGAGCUUCCGGGUAGAAUUCCAAAGGUUGCUACUAUGGGACUUGGGAGACCAUUGUCGUCUGUUUAUUUGGAAGAUAAGCUAAUCCUGAAAGCAUAGAUUUUGUAUUCUCUCAUUGCUUUAUUUUUUUUAUUACAAAUAACUGUUUUGAAUUUUCUAGGAUAAUAAAGUAAUGCAACUUCAGCCUGGUUAAAACAGGGGGAAAUGUCUCCUUCAGAGAGGAUUGAAGCAGUUUAUAUAUGCACAAACCUGCAUUGUUACUGAAAGUGCCAAAUUACUGGAGAUAUUCCAGACCCGUCCUUUGUAUGACAGCAGAAUGUAUAACUCCUUACUGCUAGCAAUCCACAUGCUCCAAUCUACUUUACAGUAAUGGAGUUAGACUUCUUGUUCCAUCCACCUUCUAUGACCUGUUCCUUCCCAGGGCAUUGAAAGCUUUGCUCGAGUCAGUCUGGUUUAUAGCUUAGAUUUGGCUGCACUAAAUAUUUUGACCAUCUCUGCAAAUAUGUAUUUUUGCCAGAAUUGUUAGUUUUGAUUUACAUUA